AUGUCUCCUGUCGCAACAGAAAACCCAGUUCUGCUAGGCGCAGAAGAAACCUUUUUCGAGUCGGAAGUGUACCCGCCCAUCGCGUACGCACCAGUCGCGUCGGACUUGCCUCCGGCAAAAGUGUACGGUAACCACGCGCCGCAUCCGCAGCUCAUCAGCAACGACUCGCAGGCUUCAAAACUCGUCACCAAGUGGAUUCGCGAUCUCAACGCGCUGCUAGAGAGCGACUCGCCGCAAUGGCAGGACUUGUUCUCAGAGCACGCCGCGUGGAGAGACCAUCUGGCGCUGUCAUGGGACCUGCAUUCGUACAUCGGGCUCGAUCGCAUUGCGCAGAGCGCGGGCCCACUGGCGCAGAAGUCACGUGUCCGCAACGUCAGAAUCGACCCCCUCGCCGACUACCGGUACCCGGCCGGGUUCGGCAAAGUGCAGUUCCACGACGCGCCCGAGGACCCCGUCGCGCACGACGCCGCGCCCAUCGAGUGGAUCCAGGUGUACUUCGAGUUCGACAACAAGGUCGGGAGCGGGAAGGGCGUCGCGAGGCUCUGCGCGGUGCAACACCCGGCCUCGCUCAAGUGCUUCACGUUCUACACGGUGCUCGAGGACCUGCACGCGAGCCCAGAGACCGUUUUUGGGAACCGGCCCGAGGGUGUCAACCACGGCCAGCAUAUCCAGCGUGAGUCGUGGGCCGAGAAACGGGCGCGUGAGUCGCACUUUGGCGAGAAAUACGGUCGCCAACCCACUGUGCUGAUUGUUGGCGGUGGACAGGGCGGCCUCACUGUUGCUGCAAGACUGCGUCAGUUCGGCGUCGACUCCCUGAUCGUCGAGAAAAACAAAAAAAUCGGCGACAACUGGAGAAACCGGUACAAGUUCCUGGUGUUGCACGAUCCGGUCUGGUACGACCAUCUGCCAUACCUCAAUUUCCCACCAACGUGGCCCGUGUACACGCCCAAGGACAAGCUGGGCGACUGGUUCGAGUCAUACGCUAAGACGCUGGACCUCAACGUCCAAAGCGAUGCCGUUGUCACAGACGCGGCGUUCGACGACGCCGCAGGCCGCUGGAGCGUCACCGUGGUCGACAAUGCCACCGGCGAAAAAGUCGUGUACACGCCCAACCACCUGGUCAUGGCCACGGGCCAUUCCGGCGAGCCACGCGUCCCGCAAUUCGAAAAUCAAAACGCUUUCCAAGGUAAGAUCGUUCACUCAUCUUGGCACACCUCUGGCUCCGAUUUCACCGGCGGGAAAGCGCUGGUGGUCGGAGGAUGUAAUUCGGCACACGAUAUUUGUCAAGAUUUCUACGAGCAAGGCGUUGAAGUGACCAUGUUGCAACGUUCGUCGACAUGCGUUAUCACCUCUGACCAUGGUACCGUGAACAAUAUUGCUGGUUUGUACGACGAAACGGGUCCCAAGACCGAGACCGCGGAUCACAUUUUCCACUCGAUGCCGCUCUCUUUAUUGAAUGCAGUCAUGCAGCAGCAGUACCGCAAAUCGUGCCGCGAGGAUAAAGAGUUGCUCAGUGCGCUCGAAAAAGUUGGCUUCAAGACCAACGCAGGCUACGACGGAACCGGUCUGUUUGGGUUGUAUUUCCGCCAAGGUUCAGGUUACUAUAUAGACGUUGGAUGUUCCAAAUUGAUAGCGGAGCGGAAGGUCAAAGUUAAACAGGGCCAAGGCAUUAAGCGGUUUUUACCCACUGGGGUCGAGUUCACGGAUGGGUCCAAAUUGGAAGGAUUGGACGUCGUAGUGCUGGCCACUGGUUUUACAAAUAUGAAAGAGACCGCACGCAGGCUUUUUGGAGACAAAGUAGCUGAUCGGUUGAAAGAAGUCUGGGGACUUGACCACGAGGGUGAGUUCCGCACCAUCUGGAGAGAUUCGGGUCACCCAAAUUUCUGGUACAUGGGUGGAAACCUUGCUAUUUCACGAUACUACUCCAAGCGUCUUGCACUUCGCAUAGUUGCCCAGGAGAAAAAGCUGCAGUACUAA